AUGGCAAAGAUAAGGGAGAAGCUAUACGUCACCGUUCCGAGUCUCUUUCGGUGCCCAAUUUCCAUGGACGUGAUGCGGUCCCCCGUAAGCCUCUGCACCGGCGUCACAUACGAUCGCGCCAGCAUUCAGCGCUGGCUCGACUCAGGACACGACACGUGUCCAGCCACCAUGCAGGUUCUUCCCUCCAAAGACUUCAUCCCCAAUCUCACGCUUCACCGCCUCAUCCACCUCUGGCUCCUCUCCUCUGAGCCUCCCUCGCCGGAACCCUCCCCCGACAACCUUCGUUCCCUCCUCCGCCAAAUCCAAAACGCCGACGAUGACCUCGCCGUAACUCUCUCCAAAAUCGCUGAAUUCGCCACUAUCUCCGUCGAGAAUCGCCAGAAACUUGCCGCCUUCCCCGGCUUCGACUCCUCCGUCGUCCGCACGCUCGCCGGAUGCAGUUCGCGUAUCGACGCGUCGGAAAACGCGAUCUGCCUUCUCGACUCGGUUCUCCGGGAAAACGGAAAUCCAGAGAAAAUCCGAAGGCUGAUUCUCGACGCUCGCGAACAAUGCUUUGGUUCAAUGGUUUUCAUUUUGCGAAACGGAUCUGUAAAAUCGAAGAUUGAAACAGUCAGGGUUUUGGAGUUUCUCGCGAGCGAUUUUAAGUCCUCGAAAUUGAUCGCGGAGACGCAAGGAUUGUUGCCGUUGGUCGCGGGUUUUUUGAAGGACGGUGGAGAGGAGUUGAGCAACGCCGUUUUGUCGUUGCUCGGCGUCGUUUCGGUGACUCACUCCGCGAAGGUGGAACUCGUGAAUUGUGGUGUCGUCGAAUUUGUUUCGAAGUUGCUGCGAACGUGUUCGUCGGCGACGACGGCGGAGAGGUGUCUGAGGGUGCUAGCGGUGGUGGCGACGUGCGCGGAGGGGAGGGCAGCGAUUGCAGCCGAACCAUCGUGUGCGGCGGCGGUGGUGGAGAGAGUGACGAAGGCGGCCAAGGCCGCGGCGGAGGACGCGGUGGCGGUGCUGUGGAGCUUGUGCUGUUUGAGCGGUAAUGUGAAGGUGAGGGAUGACGUGGCAAAGCGAAACGGCGUCGCGGUGAUUUUAUUGGUUAUGCAAAGAGGGUGGGAGGAGCACGUGAGGAGCAUGUGUGUGGAUUUGAUCAAGGUUUUGAAGGGUGCGUGCGAGAACAACGGGUUGGGGUUGAAACUAGGAAGCUAUGACACCAAAACCACUCAUAUCAAACCUUGCUAG